AUGUAUAUUAGUGGUGUUAACAAUGAUGUGGAAAAUAUAAAUAUAAAUGGAAACGACAACGGUGAAUCAGUGACGAUGGUGGAAAACAACGAUAUAUAUCAACACACAGAGCUAUCGUUGAGAUACGGAUUCCUCGGUGAGGAAGAGGAAACAAAGAUUAUCAGAUUGAUAUGCAAUCAUCUAUCGCUUGGUCAGUUUGAGUUGGCGCGUGCACUCAUCCUACAGAUUCAACAACCGCAGUCAUCAAACAUCAGCAUAACAACAGCAACAACAACAACGAACAAAGAUGCCAGUGGUAAUGGUAGUGGCAUAGAAUCGAUCAAUGUUUUAUCAUCUUCUUCAUCAACAACUCUUACAAAUAAUAACAACAACAGCAAUAUUACAGCUGCUACAACAACAACGACUGCAUCUACAGCAUCGAUGAUUCGCAAGGUUUCAUCGAUAUUACAUCAUACAAUAAAGAACGGUCCACCUUCCACCUGGCUAACUUCCGACUCUAUUCCAUCGUCCUCACAUAUCUCUUGGUUAUGUGCAAUAGAAUUCUAUCAAUUAAACAAAGAUGGAUUUGUACAAAGUAUAAGUGAAAGAAUAUUGAUGUUGUUAGAGUUUGCUAUAUUGUUGUACUCCACUUUGAUAUCGGAUCAGAUGUUGCAUACCAAUGAAUAUCGGUCGGUUUUACCUAUCAUUCAGGAACUUAGAGAAUACCAUUUCGUUUUGAUGAAUCAAACGAGUGGGAAUAACAACAAUAAUAACAAUAGUAAUAGUAAUAGCAAUAGUAAUACUGGUGCUGGAAUGAUUAAUAUGCUAUCGAGUAGGCUAUCGUCGAAUACACUUGCAUUACUCAAGAGAACAUUGGUUAGCAAUGGUGAACUCGCCAAGUACCUACUGAAGCAGUUGACCGAUCCUUUCAUCAGUCUCGACAACGGUGGUCUGUCACUAUUAAAGUCUGUGUAUCCAGUGUCAUCGCAACUCGAGUCAGUCACAGCCGAGAUAAUCUCACAUCUAAUUCAAGUCGGUCAAUAUACAGAAGCAUACAAUCUAUUAAAAGUAAUAGAUUUUAAUGAUGAUAAUAGUAAUAAUAAUAAUAAUAAUAAUAGUAAUAAUAGUAGUCAAAGUAAAGAAGAUAUAGAAAGUUCAAAAUCAACAGUUUUAACAAGAUUAUUACAGAGAAUUGCUCAUUUGAAUGUUGACAAGAUAGAUUAUGAACAACCUGCCAAUCUUAAUGGUGAUCGUUUGUUGCUCGAGAAGAUACCGUUCACUCAGAGAACCGAUCCUUCAAUCUUGGAUUUCACUAAAUCAACAACGUUGUCGCGUCUACCUGUUUACCAAUCGUUGCUGGCCAACAGGACAUUGUACCCAUUACAACGAUACACAGAGUUUGAAGAGCAACUGUUACAACUCGAUUCAAACUCUUCAUUCUCAGAGGUUUUCGAAUCAUUAAGACAAUAUCAACAAUUAAAACAACAACAACCACAACAGCAACAGCAACAACAGCAACAACAACAACAACAAACAACAAAUCAAGAUUUCGAAGUAAAUAAGAAUCUAGAUGAUUUCUGGUAUUGGUAUUACCAUUUCCUUAGAGUUAAUGACCGUCAUUUCCUAGAGUAUGCACUGACCAGUGCUAUACAACUGGUGAAGGAGAAGAGAUUCGACGAUGCAAUGUUGGUUGUUAAACCAUUCGGUCGUUUGUUACCGAUGGUUGUUUUGAUGUGUUGGGAUCACUUCUCACAGGAUAUAAUGUCGCGAAAGGCACUGAAUCAGCUCAUGGCAAGUGUGAAGCGUGAGCAAAUGGAUGACACUCUGCUGCAUGCCAACGACCAGCUAGCAUACCUAGUGGAGAUGUCAGAGUGGUGCUGUGGAAAGAUGAUCGCUGUUCCAAACUCACCGGGUGGCAACCGUCUCAUUGUUGGCGACAGUCAGUUCGAUGUCCACAACCGUGACUUGACCGGGUCGUCCUCAAAGAUGGUCGAGGAAAUAUCGAAUGCCGUUAUCAACCAAUUGAAUCAACACUCAUUCAUCUACGUCAUCAAAGAUUGUCUGCCAUUCAUAACAUCGAAUGACAUUCUCCAGCUUGUGGAAUCCGAUCCAGACUAUCCACAGUCCAACAAAUCCAAUGCCAACAACAUCGAUCAACAACAACAACAACUCUCAUCGGUAGCAUUGGAGAAAUUGAACGAUAUGAACUUGAUAAGAGGUUACUACUUGAUGAAGAGUAUACUGCGGUUCUUCCAGUAUCGAACACGUGAGUCUGCCAUCGACCAGAGUGAAUUCGACUUGGUAAUGGAGGAUGUCUUCCAGCUGUUCAGAGGUAUCUCUGACUCUACCGUAUCGAUUGGAUUGGUUGAAGCGAUUUACCUUUCGAUAUUCCUUUCGAAUCACGAUUUGAAACAGGAUCAGAUGACACCGUCACUCGCCAACAGCACACUGCUCGGAAUCGACGAUAGUAUCAACAUUGCCGAUGCCAUGCAACGCGAACGACAACUCGAAGACUACAAUAACCUGAAGAAACAUCUGGCAUCUGGACAGAACCAAACAGCCAUCGACGAACUGACAGAUACACUCAAUUCCUUUGACAACAGCUACAACAGUCAAUUCGAAUCAAAAGUCGAUCACAAAUCAUACUACAUCACAUCGCCUAUGAUGACAUCGCUCAUCGAUACACUCAUAAAGAUCAUUGCCUACAUUACAAACGUCAAUGAUAAUCAUAAGGAAUCGGUAAAAGAACGAAUUCAAAUAUUAUCUUCGAAUCUAGAUAAUUUGAAACAUCGUGUUUCCAUUGCCAAUUGGGUGAUGUCAAAAAUUCCAAAUAUGUCAUUUAUGCGAUUAAUUUUGAUGCCAGUUCAAUCGUUACUAUCAAUAUGUAUGAGAACAAACUAUCCAAGUCUUCAAAAGAUUCUAGACUAUUACCAAACACCAAAGGAUAUUAAAGUGGAUGUAGCACAAUACCAAUCGAUUCCAAAUCUCAUUGAAGUACUCUCAGGUUUGAAUCAGUCAACUGCUGAUGUAUCCAGUCAUUUAGAUACAGUAACGAGCGGAGAUCAUAAAGGUAUAUCAAAGGAUGUCCUGUUCACUGUUUUGUGUGAUGUAGUACUCGGUUCUAAACUUAAAGACAGUCUUAUCACCAAAGUAUUGAAUAUCGCUCAAUCGAUUACAACACCUAAACAACCAGACACUCACCUUCAGUAUAUUGAAUGGAUAUUGGCACUUCACCAACAAUAUACCGACCACUCACUACUCCAGAUCAUAACGAAUGUUCAUGACAGUGGAACCAGUGGACUACCUACACAAGAAAGAAUAGAACUCAUCAAGAAAAAGAGAGUGCUAGUCAACUCACUCAAUCAUCUAAUCCAAUCGGUCUACGAGCCAGCCAAAAACAAUGUAAAUGACAAUCAAUCAAAGAUGGAAAGUGUAUCAAAGAUCAUCGAAAAUAGUUCGGUUAUUACUUCUAGUGGUGGCAAUGGUAAUGCUAGUGGUAGUGGUAGUCUACUGGCAAUUACCUUUAAAUACUUGUUGUCAAUCAAUGGAAUUAUGGAGGAAUUAAGUGAAAGUAAAUUGGAUCCAACAAACAUUGGCAGCAGGAAGUAUGCUAAUUUACUAUCGACCAUUGAAACAAGUCCAUCAAAGAUAAUGGAAAAGAUUAUAUUCCAAGAGCAAAACUAUGAGAAGGCAGAAAAGAUGGCUCGGUUCCUUCAGAUUGACUUGGCUGAUUUUAUCAUUUCCUCGAUUUCACAUACCGCACCAAAGAGUCCACCCAAUGCACUGUUCUCUUCGACCACUCCUGAGGCAUCGAUUAUCGAUUCACCAAUUUACUAUGUCAAUAAGACACAUCCUUCGUUGGUAACACAACAACUACCGGCUAUUGCCGAUAUCAACGGUGGAUUGCAAUCAUCCAACAACAAUGUACUCUCUAUGAAUCUGGUAAGAUAUCUUGGUCAGUCUUCGAAGCUGUUGUCUUGUAUCGCCUGUAUGCUAAAGUCACCGGACACUAGCAUAGUCGAUUCCAUCGAACCAUUCCUCCUCUAUGCAACGGAGGAAUCUACUGCACUUCCCAACAAUGUUCUAUUGAAUUGGAUUAAAGAGAUAUUGAGAGCACACACCUUUUACUACCGUCAUUUUGGAGGUCAGCGACCAGUCCCUUCUUUCCUGCCGCGCGACGAGUAUGACAACGUAGAACUGGAAGAUCGCUCAGAACUGACAAGCAAAUUGUCACCUCCUAUGGAGGAAAUGCCAAGUUUCAACAUGAUUCAAAACUCGGAAUCGAUUCAUCAACAACAGACAUUCUUCUUUAAGAUUCUACAGCACUUCGUGUCGAACGGCCGUUUGAUUGAAGCAUUGAAUAUCGCUGAUGAAUUCCUCGAGGAGGGUGCACCCGAUUGGUUGUUGAAGCUGAUGGUCAUGAAAGAUAAAACACAAGGCUAUAUCUAUUUGAGAAGAAUGAAAGACAAGGAGAAAGCAAUCAAUUUGGUGCUGGAGCUGUAUCAUAAUUGGGAGGUCGAUGUUGCCAUUGAUAUGCUGGUGAUUUCACGUGCCAACGUUGCAGAAUCCAGUCAAGCCAAUGAGAUAUCACAUCUUCACCAGUGUCUACUUAUAUACCAGGCUAUUCUGAAUGUUGAUCGUGGAUCACGAUGGAGAUCGUGGCAAGAAGUCAAAGACUUGUGUCGUCGUGAUCCCACAAAGAUGGUUCGUUCUCUUCUCGAAUCGAAACACUACGAACUGGCGCGUCAAAUCAGAGAUCUCUUCUCCGUGAGUAACAUUCGCAAUGAAAUCGAAGAGAGUUACCUAUUCUAUUUGUUAGUGGAGAAGGACGACGCCAGCUUGGCACUUCAAACACUCUCGACACUUGGCGAAGAGUCUAUCCCCAUUGCAGAGGCUGUGCUUCUCAAACUUCGAGAUGUAUCACUCAAGUUGUUCCUCGUUCAAUUCCUGCUGUCCAACAUGAGAUUGUCUUUGUCCGACGAGAAACUGGCAGAGUUGACCAAACAAGAGACUGGAUACAAGGUUCUCUUGGUGUUACCAACCGAUCUACAAAAGGAAUAUGAACAUUAUGUUCACCACCCCAAUCUAAUUCUGGAAAUGUUGGUUAUGAAUGAAAAGAUUCCUUUGGUAUCGAAAUUACUCUCGGAAAUCAAGGAACUGAAGAACGACGAUCUGCUUGCCUACUAUGCCAGAAAAGCUUUGUCGUUCGGUAGAUACAUGGCAAAGAAUGAGCUGUUGGUUGUUGACGAUUACCUUCAGUCCAGUGAAUAUCUCGAUAGUCUACCAACUGAGAAAUCACACAAACUCGCAUUCGGUAAUGAAUCACCAAAGAAUGCCAUCAAGAUUGGCUCACCGAAUCAAAUGAAAGAAAAGUUGAAAUCACAGAAAUGGGUAUUGACUGGCAUCGACCAAGUAAAAGAUGAAAAGGUGCGACACAAUCAUUUCUUUGUACGUUCACCCAGCAUAAGUUUGGCAAAAUCACUUUUCGAUCUCUGUGAAUCGAAAAAGAAAGUCUACACCACAUGUUUGGAUCUUUACAGCUACUUGUCCGAGUUGCUCUCUUCUUCCUACUCUGACGAUAAUCUUUUGAUUAUCAACUUGAUUCAACAAUUGCUGAUGUACACGAAACUACAGUUGUUGCGUGAUCCAAAGAGUGGAGGACCUACGUUUGUAGCGGUUUGCGAUACUCUGCUUGGCAAGGUGGAGUUGUUCCAGUCACUUGUCAUUUCCAAAUGCUCGGGAUCCAUGUCGUUGGCUGACUUGUCCGACAUGCAAAAAGCGCGACAACUACGCGAUAAACUGAUACAAGAGGAUCGUCUAAAGCUGGCGAUUGAUGUGGCGACCAAGUGCAAUAUUCCAGCGGAUCCAGCUUGGGUUGCUUGGGGUAUCACACUGAUACAACUCGGUCAAUACAAUGAAGCACGUGAAAAAUUCAAAUACUGUUUGUCUUCGAGUGGCGAUCGUCGUGUAAUGUCACCGUCUACAACACUCUCACCCGACAAUGUUGACAGUAGUGUUGUACUCAGUCAGAUUAUCCAGUUGUUGGAAACACCGGCGACAGCCAAUCAUUCCAAUCUUCGUAGUUUGUUCAAUCAGCUGAACAGUAUUCCACUGGCCAACCAGAAAGCGCCACCCAAAAUAGAUGACCAACUUUUCUACUCUUUACUUCAGCCAUCUGUCAAUCCAAACAAUGGAGCACUACCAGAAGGAACACCGAAAUCACUUGCCUCCAGUAGUGGUAUUAACAAGUUGAAACAAUCGAUCGGUAGUCCAUCGAGUCCAGUCAACAAAUCGAUGGGAAUCGAUCCUGCCCGAUUGGAAGAAGCCAUCUACUAUUUAAAGAAAUAUGGAAACGGUAGAAUGCAUGUCAAUUUCCUAAUGAAACAUGGAUUGCUGGAGCUGUCACUGAGAAGUGUGUUGUCUGAGAACUUUUCAUCAUCGAUAUUCUUUGACGAGAUUGUCAUGAGUUCAAUCGCCAGUUCAUCUCUACCGGAACUCUUUUCGAUUAUCAAAUCGAUCGAUCCUGCACUCCACUCUUUCUACGAACACCUGAUGGCUUGUUGCAAGAUCAUGAACGAGAAGAAGUGGUAUAUCAUGUUGUUUGAAUUCCAGUUGUAUAUGGGUGACAAUAUACGUGCCGCUCUCACACAGAUCAAGAUCUUCAUGGAGACUGCCGAUCCAUCCUCCCCAUCACGUCUUCAACAUUUGGAACAAGCAUUGCACUACUUCCAUCUUGGACAAUCUCAAAAAGGUGCAGUACUCCCAGAACUGGAAAUCAACAAGUACAUACAGAAAUUGCAAACCCAAAUCGAUGUGUCCAAGUUCCUCUAUGCGCAGAAAGGUCUGUCACCAACAGUUCACAAACUCAGUAUGUUUGGAUCUGCCAAGGAAAAGAAUGAAUUGGCAGAGCUAGUAACCAUCUACAACAACUUUGAACUAGGAUUCAAGCUGGCGAUGGAAUACAAGCUGUCACUGCCAACCGUCUACACCAAUGCACUCUCAGCCAUGGCAAGAAAGAAGAACUACUCCAAGAUCGAAGAGGUGCUCAACAAUCUUCGAAACUUUAUCGAUCCAUCCGACUGGGACAGUAUUGCAAUGUCGGUGAUUGAAAUUCUCUGUUUGGAAAUGAAGGAACUCAAGACCGCAGAGAAAUUCAUCUCCAAGCUUCACUCUGCUCGUAACAGCGUUAGAGUCUGCAUCAUGUGCAAUAAACUCAAAUCAGCAUAUCUCAAGGCAGUUCAAAUGCAAGAGAAAGACCUCAUCACAAUGGUAAUGGAUGAAGCUCACAGAACCAAUCAACUAGUUAUUUACAAAUGGUGUCAAGAAGUACUAAGUGGUUCACAACCAAAAACAAACUAA